ACCAGCUCCGAGGCAAUGAAGACAAGCCCGAAGAACACCAGGUGUCCCCCGUGCUCCUCAUGAAGAUCGCAGCCAAGUUGUCCUCCAGAGCCCAGCUGAAACUGGAGGCAUUCACGCUGCUCGGCUGGCCCAGUGAUACCCCUCUGCCGACAGCACCUGUUCGACUCCAUACCCUGGGGGUCUUCGGUUUGCAGUAUAUACCUUUCUUACGACCUCAAUCCACGACUUUCGACCUCACCAGCUUCUUCGAACUGGACCAUAUACACCUGGCGAGUAAUCGGAUGCUCGAUACGACCAAUACUACUGCGACAUCAGACGUACUGGUCUCAUCCACCGCCACGCGCCCGGUCGCACGUAGCAUCAACCUCAUCAACAAUGACUGUUUCGCCACCUGCAGCCUCGAGUGCGGGGGAUUCGACCCUGGAUCUCUCCAGACUGUUCGGCUCACCCCGAGGGACUUCGCUUCGCUGCAGCUCGCCGGAAUGCUGCUCCGCCGUCACGCAGACAGCAUACGUGACGUCCAUGUGGACGUCUCAUACGGCAUGUUGUACACCACGGAGCUGGGGAGUGAUAGCCUCUGGGCCACGUUCGACAUCACCCCAUGCACGCACCUCGAGACCCUCCGUCUAGACUGGCACCACAUCGGCGAUGUCCCCGCCGACGAUGCGCUCGAGCAGGACCUCCACGUCUGCGCCGCCAUCGCGUACAUCCUCGCCGCCACGCCCCCAACCAUCCGCACACUCGCGCUCUCCCUACCAUACGCACAGCACCCGGACACCUUAUUCGACAGCCUGCACUGCGUAGCGCCACGGAUCGAGCAGGCCGUCGCCCGGUUCCCGGGGCUGAAGACGGUCAGCGUGCGGGUCACGCGGUCGUUCGCGGCGGAGGAGUGCAUGAAGGCGGAUACGAUGGAACGAAGGGUGUACAUUAGCACGGUUUGUAGCGGCGGCCACGCUCGCAACUGCAUUUUCAAUUGGGAUAAUCAGACAGUCAGGCGCAGAGUCUGCAAGACACCCUGA